AUUUGAGUGUUUGUGUCCCUGUACUCCUGCUGCACAGAUCCUGGAUAGCACAGGGUAAGAGCUGACAAGUGUGGUAUUUCUCAGGAAAACAAGAGAAAGUGUUCAAACAAGAGGAGGUAACCCAAGGUAAAUUCCAGGCCACACUCAAGGACACAUAAAAAUCUCUUUAACUGUUCCAUUCUGUUAUCUGCAGUUUUACUUUUAUCAUGGAAGUGCUAGAAUUCCCCAGCCUGCAGCUAGACAGUGAGCAGCAAAAGACCCUAACUGAAGUAUCCGAUGAUGAGCUCAACCUUCCUCCUUCUGAGGAUGAGGAAGACGCAAUCACGGAGGCCAAAUCGAAGGAAGUUGUGGAGAAAGAAGAGGCAGAGGAAGGAGACACAGGCAAUGGGCAGAUGAAUGGGGUGAUGAUUCUGACUUUGCUGGAUAAGAUCAUCGGUAGAGUGGACCAGAUCCAGCAGACACAGGUCGGCUUGGAGGCUCGGCAACAAGAGAUGGAGCGCUCAGUCACUGGGAUUGAGGGGGAGCUCACCAAGUUGACCAAGAGUCACUCUACCACAGCCAACUCGGUGAACAAGAUGCUAGAGAAAGUGCGCAAAGUGAGUGUGAAUGUGAAGACAGUACGCAGUAACCUGGAGAAGCAGGGCAGCCAGAUAAAGCGGCUGGAGAGCAAUGAGAAUGAGCUUCUCAAGAGGAGAAACUUUAAAGUCAUGAUUUACCAGGAUGAUGUGAAACUUGCUUCAAAGACCACAGUGGCAAAGUCCUUGAAAGUGCACCAGCCAGCAGAGGGUGACAUUGAGCUUAAAGGCAUUGUAGAGGAGGGUGAAGAGGCUGGAGGAGAGAAGGCUCAUCUGGAGCUGUCAUCUGAUGAAGAAGAAGUAGAAAUUGAGGAGACUAUUGAAGAGACCCGAGCGGAACGCAUCAAACGCAGCAGCCUUCAACGGGUCCAAAAUAUCAAAACAGCCUUUUCCAAGGAGAAGAUGGAGAAAACCAAGCAAAAGACAAAGGAGAACCUUGAGAAAACAAAGCAAAAGACCAAAGAGAACUUGGAGAAGACACGGAUGAAGACCAAAGAAAACCUGGAAAAAACUAAGCAAAAGACCAAAGAGAACUUGGAGAAGACCAGGCAGAAGACACGGGAGAAUCUAGAAAAGACACGCCACAACAUUGAGAAGAAAAUGGGCAAGCUCAGCACUCGUAUGGCUGUCAAUCCUGAGCAUAAAGAGAAGAUGAAAUCCUCACAGAAGAAGAUGGUGAAGUCUUUCACACCUGAUCACACUAUAUAUGCUCGGUCUAAAACUGCCGUUUACAAGGUACCACCAUUCACCUUUCAUGUGAAGAAAAUCCGUGAAGGGGAAAUAGAAAUCCAAGGCACAGAAAUGGUGGAAGUGGGUGGAGAAACAGAGGAGGUAGAGAAUGGAGUAGUGGAGGGAGGAGAAGAAGAAGAGAUGGAGAUGGAGGGAGAAGAGAUGGAAGAGAUGGAGGAGAGUGCUGAGAUGCUGGAGACAGGAGAGGAUUCAGAGCUGGUGAUUGCAGAGAAGGAUCAUGAUAGAGAUAGUGAUUAGAUGAGUGUGUGUCUGUGUGUGUGAGAGAGUAUGUGUGUUCAUGAUGAUGAUGUGUGCAUUAAUGGCAGAAAAGAUGAGUCUCAUUGCAAAUGGAUGUUGACAGUUUAAGGUUUGGUAUAUAUACUAGAUGAUUGCUCAGCUAAUUUGCAGCAGGUAUAGGGUAAUCAAAAGAUGUUUUAAAAAGAUAUCAAAAGAUAAUGACAAUUCAUUAAUAGGUUAAUUAAUAUACUAACACACCUACCUACGUACAGUUAAUGUAGUCAGCAAACAGUUUGACAUAAUCUAGUCAAACACAAACAUGUUUCAUUUAAGCAUGAGAAGAAAAAAAAAUCCUUUAAUAUUUUUCCAUGUACUCAAAUCCGAAUUUAUUUUUUUUUUAUAUUUUUUUCUUUAUUUUUGGAGGCACAGUUACUGGAUUCUGUUGUUACACUGAAAUUUUAUUUUGUUAAUCUAUAUCAAUCUACAACUCACAUUAAUGAUUUUAACCACCAGCCCGAUGUGGCUGCUUUGCACCUUUCUAUACAGUAGCAACCAUCACCACAGCACUACAACCUCAUAUUAACAAAAACUCCACAAGCACAAUAAUAUGUAAUGUUCUUAGAAAAAGACAUUUUGUUGGUCUUGGUGUCUAUACCUAUCUGGUGCUAUAACAGAAACUGACAUUAAAAAUAUUUUACAAAGGGUUAGAUGAGGACUAAAUAAUAUUAAUUUUAUAAAAAAGACAUUCCUUUAUUCAGUGUUGGAUUCAUGCAUAAAACAAUAAAGUAAAAUAUAACUAUUACCAAACUGUAGUAGUAUGAAUAGUAUUUCUUUUUUUUUUAAUACAUCACUGCUGUCAAUAUACAAUAGUAGUUAGUCUCUGUCCCAAUCAUGCAGACAAUAUGCCCUUCUUUCAAUCCAUAUUUAGAUAGGUAUGAAGCCUUCCAUGAGCUGCGUCUUGGGUAUUGGAACAGAAACAAAAUGUGCAUAUAUCCAGGAUUGUGAUUUAUUUUGCUGCAUUAUAGAGAGCAUGUGUAAUCUUCUUCUUUGAAAGCAUCACCAAUACAUUUUUCUUUUUUAUUGCUCAUAUAUUUCAGAUUAUAUUUAGGCACCAGUCAUCCUUCUCAGUCGCCAAGUACCAUAUCUACACUUUAAUAUUUUACAUGUGCACAUUUUAGUUUGUUUUAGUCUUAUUUUGCUUUGCAACUGAUCUGUAUGUAUCUAAUAAUGUCUCACUGUGUACUAAUAUGUUAAUAAAAGCUGACUUAUACACA